CACACCACAGGCGGGGGUAGCAAUUAGAGCUAAGAAGAAACAGGGCUGUUAAUAACUUUUGGGGGGACUGUAAUAUCAACAUGACAUUAUUUCCAGUGUUAUCUAAAGUGCCAUUAUAAUUAAUAUUGUUGGGGUUUUUUUUUUUAAAAAGUAGCGACCAGAGCGAAGUGGAUUUAUACCCGUUACAUUACAAUUAACGGCUUUAUUACUGUGCUGUUGUUUCUCUCUGGUUGGGCGUUUGCUUCCCGUUAUUAAUGAAUAGGUCCAUAUCGCUUUCAAGUGUCUCGUAUCUGCCAUCGGGCGGUCUCGCAUGAACUGCGUAGAGGCAGCGACGAGGGGUCGGAGGCUCCGCCAGCAGAGCCGGGCUUCAGGAUGAAGAUGCCGCGGGGAGGACGCCUGUUUCUGGCGACGUGCCUCGGCUCGCUGUUCGUUCUCGUGCUGUACUUUCAGAGCAUCACCAAACCAGCAGAAGCUGGUUUGAAGGCUGUCACCAGACCAGGGAAAAGCAGGACAAGUCCGCUGCAGACACUUUAUAAUGGAGACCAGCAGCUGGAGCUGUUGGCAGCUCACAAGUCCCUCCAAGGCCGCAGGGAGCUGCUGGAGCAGGCAUGUCUGAGCCACACGAGGAAGCGCCGCGUGCUCUCACCGGAGGAUCUCAAACACCUCAUUGUUGACGACAUGCAUGGGCUUAUUUACUGCUAUGUACCCAAGGUAGCCUGCACUAACUGGAAGCGUGUCCUCAUGGUCCUCACCAGCGACGGCCGCUACACCGACCCCCUCGCCAUCCCCGCUAAUGAGGCCCACGUCGCAGGUAACCUCCGCACGCUUUCCGAGUUCUCGGUCGCGGAGAUCAACCAGCGCCUUCGCAGCUACCUCAAGUUCAUCUUUGUGCGGGAGCCCUUUGAGCGGCUGGUGUCGGCCUACAGAAACAAAUUCACGCGCAGGUACAACACUGCCUUCCACAAACGCUACGGAACCAAAAUCAUCCGCCGGCACAGGCCCAACGCCAAGCCGGAAGCCCUCGAGAAAGGAGAUGAUGUGACUUUCCCUGAGUUUGUCCAGUAUCUUGUGGACCCUCGGACGCAACGGGAGGAACCUUUCAACGAGCACUGGGAGCGGGUGCACUCCCUCUGCCACCCCUGCCUGAUCCACUACGACGUGGUGGGGAAAUACGAGACUCUGGAGCCCGAUGCUCAGGCCGUGCUCAGAUUGGCCGGAGUGGAGGGGACGCUUCAAUUUCCAACGUCUGGCAAGACCACCAGGACAGACGGCCACAUGGCGGCGCGUUACUUUAAGCACAUCAGUCCUUUCUAUCAGAAAAAACUGUUCAACCUGUAUCGCAUGGACUUCAUGCUCUUCAACUACUCCACACCAGAGUAUCUCAGGACUUGAUGAGCAUCACUUGUCCUUUCAGGCACUUUUGUGUCGCUCCCUGCCUCGGAGUGGUCCAUCACAAGCAGAGACUUGACACUGGGACUCUCCAAGGAAAACAGUUAACGGCUGUGGAGAGUGACUGGAUUUUCUGGUUUCAGUAAGUGAAACUAAAAACUGCCUAAGAAGAAGACAGAUGGUGUGUGUGCUGUUAUCUACUGAGUGAGGAUGGAGUUUGUCUUUAGCACAGCAGACUGCAGGUGACACAUCAUCUCUUUACAAACAGAUCCUUUUUGUGUUUGUUGCAAUUUCUUGCCAAAGUUUUGCUUCAUCAAAUUUAGCAAGCCUUGCUUUGACUUUAGUUUGAGUGUUGUAGAGCUGGUGAAAUGUGCCUCAUCAGCAUUUUUCUGCAGCUCUCACUACAGAUUUCUUUCCUUUGUUUUUGCAUCUUCUGAGAGGUAAUGAGCCAGAAAUGAAACUUGAGAGGAGCAGGUUCUCUUCUCACAGGUAAAUGUGCUGACUGUGAAACUGAGCACAGUGUUGCCGUCUCUUAGGAAGGCCUUUAUUUAUGUCAGUAUUUAUUGUUUUGGAAAGCAAGGAUGUCGGGCUCAUUUUUUUUUCCAGAGGAAAUGAUUUUCUUUUCUUAAAGAACAAAAAGCUUUUCUCUUUCAGAGUCAAUAUUUUUUUGCCGUGUCAGCUUUUGCACAUUAACCGAUGCUAUAACAGAAAACCGUCAGAGCGUACCACAUCAGCCUCUUGCUUUAAAACUGCACAACUCUCGCAGCUCUCGUUCACACCGGCUCCCACAGAUCCCAGAGUGAUUUCCAGUCGUAGACGCUCCCUCAUUCCAGUAAAAGUGUGUUGCUGUCCCUCAUCUAUCGUGUGCCUGUAUUUAGCUCUGAGCAGGUAGGCUGAACAAACAACCACAUAGCUGUGGUCAGGGCUGCGUCCAGCCCAGGACUAGCCCUGGUCAGAGCUCCCCUUGUUGGGCUGUAGGCAAGCACACCAAGGUUUAAUCCACCUACGGUCACCAAACAGGCCUCGUUCAGUAAAUAUGAUCAGUACACUGUUUGACCUUUAUUAACUCUUUGAAGACAAAAUAUGCAUUUAAGAUGGACUUGAAAUAUUUGCCAAAGAUAAAAAUAACUUGUUUAAAAUUCAUAUUACCUCAGAUAUUUCCUUGCAAGCACCAUAAAUGAGAGACAGUUUGUAUCAUACAUAUCUUUUUAUAUCCCAGCGUCCACUUAAAUUAUAGGAAGAUUAGAUUAUGCUUUAAAAAUAACUCCCACAGUUUAUCAAGAUUAAGAGCUGGGAUUACUUAGUCUUCCCAAAAUAACAGACGCGAACAUUUCCAUAAAAAACACACCCACGGUUUGCUCAGUGUACACUGAAGCUUUGGCUGUUUAUUCUUAUCUGCACAUCCUUCUGUUUCUUUUAUAAAGUAUGUUUAAUUUAGUCAGACACGUGCCAACCUUUCUUAUUAUUUUCCUGUAAUUACGCUUUGAAAAGUGCAAUAUUAGUACGUGUUAAAAGCUGUGUCUUUAUUCAAGCCUUAAUUUUGUGCCAUAUUUUAUUUUUCUAUUCCAGCCAUGGAUUACAGGGUGUUCCUUUCCGAUGCUUUCCUGCAUAGCAGUUUGUAAUUUAAGUCGUAAUUUGUAAGAAGCUGCAACCUGGCAAAACCUGAUUACACACUUUAUUUUUUUUCUUCUGUUUUAUGAUCUACUGCACGAAAUGUAUGUUUCACCUUUUAAUUUAGAAUCUGCUAAGUUUUCAUCUCAGAUGCCCUGACGCUGCUGUGUGGGACACAGCUAGCCAAAGAGACCAUUUUCUGUAGAAAUGUUCUUUGAGUCAGAUCUUUGUCAUGGUGAGUCAUUGUGAAACGGCAAACAGAGCACAAUCUGAAAGAAUCUCUCAUGCACUUGUGACACCAAGCUGUGAAUCUGAUAACUGAAGUGCACUUGCUGAUGUGAUAGUGAAUGACUGGUUACCUUGAAGUUUUAAAAAAAUAUAAACCCACA